AUGGAGAACUACCAACUUCUCAAUCAGUUAGGAGAUGGAACCUUCGGGUGUGUAGUGAAGGCAUUGCACAAGUCAUCAGGUCAGUUCGUUGCUAUUAAAAAAAUGAAACAAAAGUAUUACAGCUGGGAUGAAUGCAUGAAACUCCCGGAGGUUGUUGUUGUGCGUCGUGUGCACGGCCACCCCAACAUUGUGAAAAUGAGGGAGGUGAUUCGGGAGAAAAAUGAAUUGUUUUUUGUUUUUGAAUUCAUGGAUGGGGAUUUGCUGGGUGUUAUUCGGAGAGCCAAACAGAUGCAGAGCUAUGGCUCCGGAACCAGUGGUCCUGCGUUAGCAUACCCCAAAAUCAAAAGUUAUACAUUUCAAAUUUUGCAGUCGCUCGCGUAUUUACACCGCGCUGGGUACUUUCAUAGAGACAUGAAACCGGAAAAUUUACUGGUACGAAAGGACCCAUCCACUAGCGCACAGGAAAUAGUUAAGCUUGCUGACUUUGGUCUCGUUAAGGAAAUACGAGCGCGGCCGCCCUACACGGAUUAUGUUUCAACACGGUGGUAUCGAGCACCGGAAUUACUUUUGCAAGACAGAUGUUACAGCUCCCCCGUAGACAUAUGGGCGGUGGGUUGUAUAAUAGCGGAAAUGAUAACCACCCGCCCGCUCUUUGCGGGUAGCAACGAGGUGGACCAACUGCAUAAAAUAAUGGCCGUUUUGGGAUCACCCAAUGAAAGCGUGUGGCCCAAUGGUAUGGUUCUUGCAAAGAAGAUUCGUUACAAUUUUCCUUCCAUCAAUGGUGUGGGCUUAGAGCGUGUCAUGCCGCCCCAUGUACCACCGCAUGCCAUGGACUUGAUGAAGCAAAUGUUGAAUUACGACCCAAAGAGGCGGCCGACUGCUCAGCAGUGUUUACAACAUCCGUACUUUAAUGUUGGGGUUGAUGAAGAGAAUUUCGCUCCAACGAAUGUUCCAAAACAGAUGGCAGAGGCACUGAAGAAACACACUAGCGGACCGCAAAGCGCCCCGUCAGGUGCAGUUGUUCCGAAUUCCGAUACAAAAGGGGAUCGCCCACCUGUUGGGGCCACAACUGCGGUACCGAAGGCGGGAGGUCCAUCGAAUAGUCCACCGGUGGUACCGCAGCAGAACUCGUACAGUCCCAGUAACGAAUCCUCCGAUCGAAAACCCGACGUUCAGCCGAAGUUUGGUUCAAAUGUAAAAACGACCCUUGCAAAUAUGAAGACGUCUCCUCUCCCACCGGAGGCAAAGCCAGGAAAGUUUUCUCCUUCAAAUAACAAAGAAAUCCCUUCUAGGACGGUUGCGCAACCUCCUCCCGCUUCUAACAAUGAUGAGUUAGACUUAGACGGACUUAUAGACGAUUUUGCCGGGGAGUUGAAGACGUUGGGCCUCCAUCCUCAGCAGAAGCAGCACGGCUCCACUUCACUUCAAAGCAAUGCGACUCCGGGGAAAGAUAUUACCAAUUGUGGAUCAUCCGGUAGUCAACGCAAGAGCGGGGUCGAUUUUGCCAAACCCCCACCAAUGGAAGGUGGCAUGGUGGCAACACUUCUCAACUCAACACGAUAUAAACUUUCGUCUUUUCAGUCGUCGGAGAAUAAAACUUAUACCAAUUCUCUCGGUAAGGCACACCCGCAGGGCAACUCACCCGCUACACUCGCCAGCGUAGGACCUUCCGUCGGGUCCCAAGCGGUUUCCCCAUCUAUCAAAGCAUUGUUAGCGAAGCACCGGGAGCACAACCAAGGUUCCAACAGUUAG